UUUAUCAUUUUACAGGUAUUAUUUAUGCCCUAACAGCAACAUUACACACUAACUAGGGUUUAAAAAAUGGGAUCAGAAAGAACAUGACCUUUAAAAUAUAUGCUCGUGGUUGCUGUACAUUUGCAGCAACACUUUCAGUUUUCGUAGUAAAGAGGAUUUAGACCUCUUUUUUACUUGCUGUUUCCAUGGUGAAUCGUAAUAUUGGAGCUCCAUUGAUGAUGGCUUUUCAUAGUGGUUGUGCAUGCGCUUAACUCAGAGUCAAUCUAUUUAGAGUCGAUUGAACUAACAGAUCAGCUGUUCUGUAACCGAAAACUCAGAGUUUCCUAUCCCAGAGUUCAAGUUUAAACUAAGAGUUGGUUGAACCUCCUUAUUGAAACUGGCCCCUGGUGAACUUGGAUCAUGAUUUAUAAAUCAGGUUUGUUUUGUUUUUGCCUGUGGUUGGCACGUGGUAAGUAACGGACUGGUUUUAUGCUAAAUAUCUUGAUUUGCAUAAAUGUUCAUUACAAUUUAACCGCAAUUUUGUGGAAAUUAAAAAAAAAUUUCAGGUGUGUUUGCUGUUGGUGGAGAUGAAGUGAAGUCAGUGUCAGUGAUGGAGGGAGAUUCUGUUACUCUACACACCGAUCUUACUGAAAUACAGACAGAUCAGCAGAUAGUGUGGAUGUAUGGACCUAAAGAGACUCGUAUAGCUGAAAUCAUUAAACAAGCCAAUUGGAGCUUUAUAUUUGAUAUUGGGAUAUUUAGAGCCAUACUACAACUGAACAGUCAGACUGGAUCUCUUAACAUCACAAACAUCAGACCAACUUACAAUGGACUUUAUAAACUACAGAUCAUCAGUAGCAGAGCAACCUCGUACAAAAGAUUUAAUGUUACUGUCUGUGCUCACCUGCCCGUUUCUGUCAUUACUCGUAACUCUUCAAACUGUUCAUCAUCAUCAUCAUCAAGCUCAAAAUGUGUGGUAUUGUGUUCAGUGUUGAAUGUGAGAGAUGUCAGUCUGUCCUGGUACAAAGGAAACAGUUUAUUGUCCAGCAUCAGUGUGUCUGAUCUCAACAUCAGACUCUCUCUACCUCUGGAGGUUGAAUAUCAGGAUACAAACACAUACAGCUGUGUGGUGAGAAAUCCUAUCGCAAACCAAACUCAACAUCUCAACAUCAAUCAUCUCUGUCAGCCGUGUUCAGAUUAUGGUCAUUGUUGUGGUUUUACCGAAGCUGUGAUCCGAUUGGUCAUCUCUACUCUUGUGGGCGUGGCUACUGUAGUUGUUCUGGUUCAUCACUUCAGAUCUACAGAAGAGAGCACAAACACAGCUGGACUUUAGAGGGCAGCAUUUUUAGGGAAAAAAGUCUACAGUACUAUUUAUUUCACAGUAUUUCUUUUAAAUUCAUUUUAGUGUCUCUUGUAAUAACUGCUUAGAUCAUGUUUUUACGUUAAAAACAUAAAAUGAAAAUUAAUCUUGCUCGCAGCAGCAAAUAUUCUUCCACUAUUGGCCUUAGGAAUAUGAAUAUUUCAAGUAUUACAUGAUGCAAAUCAUAAUGUAUAAUGCCAACACUCUUCUCUAUGUCUAAACUACUCCGUGGAGAACCCUCCAGCUUUUGCCGAUGAUGAUGAG